AUGAAAUAUCAGUUAGUGGUUGAGUUGCAUCAGCUUAGGCAAGAACCAGGGCAAUCUAUCAAUGACUACUAUGAUCAUCUUCGCUUCAUUUGGGACCAAAUUAACCUUUUUGAUCCAACUUGGGCAUGCUUGAAGGAUGCUCAACGAUAUGCUACUGUUCAAGAUAAAUUUCAUCUCUAUGAAUUCUUGAUGUUGCUUCACAAUGACUAUGGGCCCAUUCGAGGUCAGUUUCUUAAUUGCAGUUUUCCUCCCUCUCUUGAUACUACUAUAAAUGAGUUGAUUGGAGAAGAAGCUUGUCUUGUAACCCUUCAAACCCAGAAUAAGCUUAAUGUUCUGGCUACUGCUCCCUUUGCUCCCCCCACAGAGCAACCUUUGCAAUCAGGGUUUAAUGCCUCUAGCUUUGGCAAUCAUUGCAAGCAGUCCAACAAAAAGUUUUGUAACUAUUGCAAGCGUCCUGGCCACACUAUUGAGACUUGUUACCGUCGCAACAAAUCUACUGCUGUUGUUGCUAAUACUGAGUCUACUCCACCAAUGUCUUUUGUUUCAGCUGAGUCAUAG